AUCAUGUGAAAAAAAAGAUAUGUCUGCUUACAGCAAAUGAGAGACGGAUAUAUAUCUGUCGUAAAACACUUGCAAAAAAAACUUCCAUUUGAUUUGCAGAUAUUAAAAGAUAUGACUUGUUUGGGUGUUCAAAUGAGAUCAGAGACUUGGACUGUUAAUGCAAUUGGGAGAAUAGCAGUUACGAUGCCACAUGUAAUUACGGAAAGGGAGGUAUCAUUUGUGAAAGAUGAAUGGAAAUUAUACCAAGCAGCUAAUAUAUCAAAAGACUGGUAUCUAGAUUCUGAUACAAAAAAACUAAAAAGAGUAGACCAUUAUUGGGCUAAAGUUUUUAAAAGUAACAACGAAUAUGGAAAAACAAAGUAUGAGCAUCUCAGUAAAGUUGUUAAGAACUGUUUAACAAUUCAGAAUGGAAAUGCCAGUGCUGAGCGAAGUUUAUCUGAUAACAAAAAUACAUUGACUCCUGGGAGAGUAAAUCUAAAUGAUGAAACAUUAAUGGCUUUGAGAAUAUCAAAAGAAUAUGCAAGAAGUUGCAAAGGAGCAUAUAAUGUUGAUGCACUCUCCAAAGACGUUGUUCAAGCUGUUCAAAAUGCUCAUAAAAUAUAUAAAAAAAGAAAAGCUGAAAAAGACAAAGAAAAAAGAAAAAAUUAUAUUCAUGAGCAAGAACUAAUGAAUAAAGAAAAAGAACAGAAAGAAAUGCUUGAAAAAGUUGAAAAUAAAAAUAAAAAUUUAGAUCAACAGGAAAAAAAUCUAAAGAAUGAUGAAAAAAAUGCAGAUUUUGAGUUUCAGCUUGCUCAGAGAAUGCUCGAUGAAGCAGCAAAGUCUAUGCAAAGUGCCAUUAUUAAGGAAGACAUGAUGGGUAUAAAAAUUGCCCAUGAAAUGAUAAACAGCGCAAAAAGAAGUCUUGAAAAUGCUCUCAUAGAAAUGAACAGAAAAAGUUGAGAGAAAAUAUUGGUUUAAAAUGUAAAAGUGAAAUGGAUAGAAUAAUCAAGCGUUGCGAAAAUUAAAGUUGUCGUUAAAAGUUUGAAAGUUUUUGUAAAUAUAAUAGAGCUUGAACUGUUGGUUCAGUUAAAAUUAGUUAGCAAAAUUUAUUUAUUUAUGU